AUGAAGGCAAGGAAAUACGUUGUGAAAAACUACUUUAAUGGGGUUCCGAAAAUAGAUGAUUACGAAUUAGUUGAAUAUGAGGUACCACCCUUACAGGACAAAGAAUUCCUUGUCAAAGUGGAAUGGAUAAGUGUUGACCCAUCCCAACGCGCUCACAAUCAAUUCAAAGACCUACCUUACGAUCAAUUCGGUUAUCAAGUUGGAAUUGUUCAAGAGAGCAAAGAUAUAAAUUUUCCUGUCGGAGUCAGGGUGGUAUCGCGCAAAGGUUGGUCCGACUACACGGUUAUUGAAAAAGAUAUUGUAAAUGAAUAUUUGGAUCCAGUUUAUAGAUUACCUGAUUUGAAAGGUCUAUCGCCCUCAUUAGGAAUAGGCGCAGUAGGCAUGCCAGGUGCCGCUGCUUAUUUCGGCCUGUUGGAAAUUUGCAAACCAAAACCCGGUGAAACAGUUGUUGUUACUAGUGCGGCUGGGGCUGUAGGUUCUAUCGUGGGUCAAAUUGCUAGAAUCAAAGGCUGCAAAGUAAUUGGCUUUGCCGGAUCUGAUGACAAAGUGCAAUGGUUAGAAAAAGAGCUUGGUUUCAAUAAAGCUAUUAAUUACAAAACUGUGGAUGUGAGUAAAGCUCUUCGAGAAGCGGCUCCUGGUGGAGUCGAUUGUUACUUCGACAAUAUCGGCGGUGAAAUAAGCAGCAUUAUUAUCAGUCAAAUGAACAAAUUUGGAAGGAUUACGGUAUGUGGUUGCAUAAGCUCUUACAAUGAAGAUCCAAAGCAGCUACCAAAAGCAACCAUUCUUCAGCCUGCUUUGUUAUUCAAGGAGCUUACAAUUCGGGGUUUCCUAGUAUGGAGUUGGUAUGAGCGUUGGCCCGAAGCAUUUUCACAGCUCGUAGAAUGGAUCAAAAGUGGAAAAUUGAAAGUCGAGGAAAAUGUGACAAAUGGGUUCGAAAAUAUCUUUAAUGCCUUUGUUGGAGUGCUUGCAGGUGAAAACAAAGGAAAAACUGUUGUAAAGAUC